AUGAUCUCCUCGUCAACAGGGAGUGAGACUGGAGAAACAAUUCUUGGAGCAGAUUACUGGGCGAACAACUUGAUUUCGGCAGUUAAAUUCAUGGAAGCGACGAAGACACUGUGCCAAACUAGCUCUAGUUCAAAGAGAGUUGAUUUCCUCUUAGAGAUCGGGCCACAUUCCCAACUCGACAAACCAAUCAAGGAGACCCUUCAGGCGGUUCUCGGGGAUUCCGGUGUGAUAUCUUACUCCGGCACCUUGAGGCGAGGAUUCGAUGCUCAGGCUCGUCUGCUCGAUACCCUGAGAGUACUGUUCCUUGAAGGGUUUUCUGUGAAUCCAUAUCAGGCAAUUCCUCCAGUUGACUGGAAUGUCUCGGCAAGCCUUCCCGGCUGGUCGUUGGAUUAUCCAACAUCUUCCAGUCAGGAAAUUGACACCUUGAAAGUAGACGGGGAGCAGUUUCGAUCACCCCAGAUCCUGCGAAAAACCUCGUACCUGCAAAUUGACCAAAUAUGGGGUAGACCCAAUCGCUCCAGUCUGAAGAAACAAGCACCGAAAACAGAAAAUGAGAGAAUUCUGCACCACAUAAUGUGCGAGGCAUUCGAUGUUCAGAACCAUCUAAUCGGUACCGAAGACAGCUUCUUUGAACUUGGAGGUGACUCUAUUCUCGCUGUGCGUAUCUCGUCAGCGGCAAGGCGCGCCGGGUUGCUCCUCUCAGUAUCCACAAUCCUUGGCCAUCCGAGAUUGGGUGACAUGGCACAGGCAGCCAAACCCCUCAUUGACGACGAAGAAGUCAGGAUCAAACCGUUCUCACUACUAAAUGUUGAAAUUCCAGACCUGUUGGCUGAAAUCGCUCGCGACUGGGCGGUGAAUGCCUCAGAAAUCGAAGACAUUUAUCCAUGUACAUCACUGCAGGAAGGCCUUAUGGUGAUCACCCAAAGCGACCCGCGCACUUAUACUCAUCAGACGGUCUACAUGCUAUCCCCAACCAUCGACGUGGCAAGGUUCUGCAAGGCUUGGGAACAAACCGUCAAGUGUACCGCAAUCCUCCGUACAACAAUUGUUCCAACGCAAUCCGCGGGGACCUGUCAGGUUGUAACGACACGAGGUAUCGAAUGGCAGUUCCCGUCGAAUGUGGAGGAAUAUUUGCAGUCGGAUUUGGCGAAGGGCGUUGCCUAUGGAGGUCCUCUUGCAAGAUACGCCCUUGCUGAAACUCACGAUGGAUCAACAAAAUUCGUUUGGACUGCCCACCAUGCCCUCUAUGACGGAUGGUCCCUACCUAUGAUUUGGAAAACUGUUGCAGCAAUCUACCAUUCCGAUACUCGUAUCGCCCCCAGCCCGCUGCUGACUGUUCCAUUCAACCGCUUUAUUCGUCACAUACAGACAGCAGACCAUGCAUCCGUGGACGAUUUCUGGCGGACGCAGUUGUCAGGCUCCAUGCCGCCCAAAUUUCCCCAGCUACCCGUUGUGGGCUACCGGCCCCAGGUGAACGAGGUUUUAGCACACCAGUGCAACAUCUCCAGUCUAGAUGGGACUGGUGUCACUCAGUCCACACUCAUCCGGGCGGCAUGGGCGAUAUUGAUGAACGAAUACCAUGAUGGUGGCAAUGAUGUUGUUUAUGGGCUGACAACAAGUGGAAGAAAUGCCGACGUGCCCGGAAUCGGGGAGAUGGUGGCCCCUACUAUCACUACUGUGCCAUUUCGUGUGCGGAUAGAUGUCGACGAGCGUGUAGACGCGUUCCUUCACAGACUGCAAGUCCAGGGAAUCAACAUGAUCCCGUUCGAACAGGCUGGCUUGCAAAACAUUUCAGAGCUCAACUCCGAUUGCCGCCUCGCCUGCGGAUUCCAACAUAUCCUUGUUAUCCAGCCAGGGCAGAAAGAGCAUACUGCCAGCAUCUUCCCUGGGAUCACAUCCAUCCAGGCCACCGAACUGCAUGCCUACGCCUUUACUGUGCAAUGCAUACUGAAUGUUGACAAAGUUACUAUUCGAAUCGAGUUUGAUGAUUUCCUGAUCAGUACUUUCCAGGUUGAACACAUUUGCAGCCAGUUCGAAAAUAUCCUAAAUCAGCUCAUGCUCGACGGAUCACAGUCUGUUGGAGAGAUACGAGCAAUCAGUGAGCUCGAUCUGAAUCAGGUGUUGAAGUGGAAUGCCGGAUUUCCCCUGGUAGAGACACGGUCUGUGACUGCGCUCAUCGAGGCCCAAAUGCAUGCACAACCACACGCUCCGGCCAUCUGUUCUUGGGAUGGUGAUCUUACAUAUCAGCAACUUGAUAGGCUAUCCAAUCGUCUCACUCAUUAUCUGAUUGAGUCAAAUGUCGGGCCGGAAGUCUUUGUGCUGUAUUGCUUUCCCAAAUCCGUAAUGACCAUUAUCGCCAUGAUGGCCAUCAUCAAGGCCGGUGGUGCCGGUGUGCCAUUAGACACCGAAUACCCCAUUGACAGAAUAAAGGGGAUUGCUGGAGACGCUCGCGCAACAAUUGCAAUUACUACUCCAGGGCUGAGAACCAAGUUUGAAGGGAUUGUAUCUACGGUCGUGUCCUUGAGCCAGGAAUUUCUCGACCGCACACCCCGCGAGGAUCCGGUUACGCCUCACCGAGCCCAGCCUUGGAACGCACUUUAUAUUCCCUUUACCUCGGGAAGUACUGGGAGGCCGAAGGGAAUUGUCAUUGAACACAGGAUGUUUGCUUCGAGUGCAGUGGCUCACGGCGAACUCCUCGGAAUCGGCUCGCAGUCGAGAGUAUUCCAAUUUGCUGCCUAUACAUUCGAUGUGAACUUCGCGGAUAUUCUCACCUCAUUGAUUCGAGGGGCUUGCAUCUGCAUUCCAUCUGACAUGGAAAGAAUGAACGACAUUGUUGGAGCAAUCAACCGAACAAGAGCAAAUUCCGCAGUUUUAACUCCAACCGUCGCGGCCAUGUUUACCCCAGAAGAGGUUCCGACUUUGAAAACGCUUAUACUUGGUGGUGAACCCUUGACUAAGGAGAAUGUUCGAACAUGGGCAGAUCAUGUUAAUCUGUGGAACACCUACGGACCAGCCGAAUGCUGUGUGUACUGCACCGCGUAUCCUCUUCGCACUACGAACAGUGAUCCAGCCGUUUUGGGUCAUGCCAUUGGAUCGGUCAACUGGGUGGUCAACCCAGGAGACCACACCCGGCUUAGCGCUGUUGGGUCUGUCGGGGAGUUGGUUGUGCAGGGUCCAAUGGUCUCCCGUGGCUAUCUCAAUGACCCCGAGAAGACCAAAGCUGCAUUCGUUAAUAACCCACCGUGGCUACCGAUCGAUUCCCCAAAGGAGCAUCGGAGAAUUUAUAAAACGGGAGAUCUCGUGAGAUACAAUUCAGAUGGAACUGUCAGCUUCGUCGGACGCAAAGAUACUCAAGUGAAGAUCCAUGGUCAAAGAGUUGAACUUGGAGAAAUCGAGGCCCAUCUCUCCUUCAACUCCCAGGUCAAGCAUGCACUUCUCGUUGUCCCUAGCGCCGGGCUCUACAUUGGAAGACUCGUUUGUGUGCUCUCACUUGAUGAUCCAUUAGUCAUGAUCGCAAGCAGAAGCGUGAAGGAUAUUGAACUAAUUGACAGUUCCCAGAAGGACACCGCUGCCAAAUUGGUUACAACGACUCGCGACUAUCUAGGAGAGAAGCUGCCUCGAUACAUGAUCCCUUCGGCAUGGGUAGUUUUAAAAGCCAUCCCUCUGAAUGCGUCCCGAAAAAUGGACCGAAAUCUUCUGAAGAAUUGGCUCGAGACAAUUGAUGAGACCACAUAUCGCUCGAUCGCGGAUGUGUCGAAUCCAAAAGCAACAAGACAGCCCACCACAAACCUAGAGAAACAAAUACGCGACGCAAUCAGUGUAGUCCUCGCUUUGCCAAAGGACUCGAUUGGAUUGGAACAUUCCUUUUUGGGUCUCGGUGGAGAUUCCAUUUCCGCGAUGCAACUGAUGUCGCGUCUUCGCACUAUGAAAAUUCGCCUCAGCGUACAGGACAUUUUGCGGUAUCGCACUGUCGAGGUUCUGGCAGUGCAUGCACACGUAACUGAGGAGCUCAGCGACGAUGCGCUGGUGGUUGAAGAAAUCGACGACUGGGUCGAUCUCGCCCCGAUCCAAAAUAUGUUCUUUGAGAAGCAGCCCAAUGGGCAGAACCAUUUCAAUCAGAGCUUUGCGCUCAAACUCGCAAGAAACAUUCCGGAAAAUGAAAUCGAACAGGCAAUACGGACUCUAAUUGACCGACAUGCCAUGCUUCGCUGCCGUUACGGUAAAAGCAAACCCGAUGGCAUUUGGCGACAGAAGGUCACAUUUGAUACAUCGGAAUCAUUUAUCCUACUGCCUGCACAGAAAAUGAGUUAUGAUAAAAUGGCAGCAACUUUCCGCGAUAUACAGACUCAGCUGGACGUGGAGAAAGGGCCAACUCUUGCUGGGAUAACGUGUUAUGUCCAAGAGGUUCAAUAUAUAUUCUUGACCAUACACCAUUUGGUGGUUGACCUCGUCUCGUGGCGUGUUAUAUUGGAGGAACUGGAGGAGUUGGUGGUCUCUGGAACGCUUCAGUCAGAGCCCAGUAUGGACUUUCGAAACUGGGUCAAGUUACAGGCUCAAUAUGCUUCCCACAGUCUGUCAUCAGAGGAUGUACUCAGGGCCGAUGCUCCGAACCCUGAUUUUGACUACUGGGGAAUGUUGGAGCAGCCAAACAUAGUCGGGGAUACUAUCGAAACAUCAUUUCUCCUUGACAAAGAAAGAACGACCCUUUUGCUGGGAGAUAGUCAAGAGAUCUUAGGGACUCAACCGGUGGAAGUGAUGGUGGCAGCCCUCGUUCAUUCAUUCCGCUAUGUCUUCCCCGAUCGACAGAUUCCAGCAGUAUUCAUGGAAGGCCAUGGUCGCGAGUCCUGGGAUCCAGCUAUUGACAUCACACGCACAGUAGGAUGGUUCACCACAAUCUACCCGGUCAGUGUUGAGCUGGGUAGUGGUGACGAGUGGUUCGAGACGGUGAAGAGGACCAGGGAUGCUCGGCGACGACUGCCUCGUAACGGAUGGUCAUACUUCACUGCCAGGCAGCUCAACCCUCAAGCAGAGCAGUCGGUCGACGACAAUAAAAUGGAAAUCCUAUUCAACUACCUUGGCUUAUAUCAGCAGUUCCAGAGGCCGGACUCACUGUUUCAACCAUCCGGAAUUUCUGGACAAGAACUCCAGGAUUUCAGCUCCACCAUGGAACGGUAUGCCUUGUUCGACAUCUCAGCCGCUGGUGAGAAUGGAUGUCUGCGCUUCACGUUCACGGUCAACAAAUAUAUGCAGCAUCAGUCCGAUAUUCAGGAGUGGGUGAGGGAGUGCCACCGUGUUUUGGCGGAAGGCAUCGAUCAACUCAUGGAACAACCGGACGUCGCAACUUUGGGAGACUUUAGCAGAAUGAUGGACACGCCUUCGGGAAUCCGCAGAUUGACCGAGGAAAUCCUACCUGCAAUUAACGUUUCAGGUAUUGAUCAGGUCGAAAGUAUCUCGCCCUGUUCGCCAAUGCAGCUUGGAAUCUUGCUGGGCCAACUGAAGUCGCUCGGUGCCUACGAGCUGUACACUAUUCAGGAGGCAAUUGGUGGUGGAAAGGGCGACGAUAAUGCCGCGAGAAUUUUGACGGCCUGGCAACAAGUUAUAGACCAUCAUGCGGCUUUGAGAACGGUUUUUAUUCGGAGCACUGAAUCUGACACGCUAUGGGGCCAACUGGUGUUGAAGCACAUGCAAGCAUCCGUUCAAAAGAUAACGAGUAACGAUCCGAUCGCGGCUCUCAAAAAGACUGAGCCGAUGGGGGCUGCUGAUGGGAUCGCUGCGCAUCGGUUUACCUUGUGUCAUGGAGCGAACGGGCAGUUGUUCUUCAAGCUUGAACUCAGCCAUGCUCUGGUUGACGGGAGAUCCGUGCAGGUUAUCUUACGGGAUAUCAAACGUGCAUUCAACGGGCAACUCGGCAAAGUCUCGGCAGCGCUGCCUUAUACCGAGUAUGUCACUUUCCUCCAACAGCAACGGAAGCGAUCAUCCCUAGGAUAUUGGAAGGCCUAUCUACAGGGCAUCCAACCAUGCCAGUUUCCCAUUCUAGAUGAUGGCCGUCCUCAAAUUCACCAGUGGGAGACCGUGAGAGUCGAAGUGCCAGAAGCGACCAACACGGUCAUACGCCAAUUCUCAGACACUUACGGCAUCACUCUCGCAAAUGUUGUACAAACUGCUUGGGCAUUUGUUCUCCGGACUUUUACAAACAGCCAAAGCGUCUGUUAUGGCUAUCUGACAUCUGGUCGUGAUGCUCCCCUUGCAUACAUUGAGGAUGCAGUUGGACCUUUCAUCAACAUGCUGGUUUCCCGAGUGGAAUUCGACAACUCGACCUCAGCCCUAAAUAUUCUGCAGAAAAUUCAGGAUGACUUCUUGCGGGGUAUGGCUCAACAAUACGUAUCUUUGGGUGAGAUGCAACAUGCUAUUGGGAUGUCAGGGCAACCUCUCUUCAAUACUGCCAUUUCCUUCCAGAGGCGAUCCACACCAAGCGAUUCGAGCGAACUUUCUCUGAUUUCGGUUCACGAAUAUGACCCAUCAGAGUUCGAUAUCGCAGUCAACGUGCUCAUGGGCCCCGAUGGAACAGAUGUUCAUCUCACGUACCAGACUUCCAGGAUCUCAAGUGGACAGGCCACCAACAUCGCCGGUGUAUACAGAACCAUCAUUUCCUCGCUUUUGGCAAACCCAGAGACACUGGUAUCAGACUUGGACCCGAUGAGCACGCACAGCAAAAGCCAACUGCAACAGUGGACUGCUAAUGUACCACCUGCGAUCAAUUCCUGUAUCCAUCAUGUGAUAUCAGAGCAAGCGCGCAAUACACCGAAUGCCCCUGCACUUCACUCCUGGGAAGGUGACUAUACCUAUGCUGAACUGGACACUGCCUCAACCCGACUGGCACGACAUUGGUCUGGUUACGGUAUCAAACCGGAUGAAUGCAUCCCGUUGUGUUUUGAGAAGUCCUUAUAUACUGCUAUUGCAUUGCUAGCUGUACUCAAAGCUGGCGGUGCUUUCGUGUUGCUUGAUCACAACCACCCCCCUGACCGCCUCAAAGGGUUAUUAAAUGAUCUCAAUGCAAGAUUUAUCAUCGCCUCGCCGAAAACCCUUGAAUACUGUCAAACUUUGAUUGAGGAGGUGCUUGUCGUGUCGCCAUCAAUGCUUGAUUCCUUACCGAAGGGUGUUGACACCGCAAUCUCAACAACCGUCACCCCCCAAAACAUAAUGUAUGUCCAGUUUACCUCUGGGUCUACCGGCAAGCCCAAGGGUGUAAUUGUCGAGCACUCUGCUGCGUGUUCCUCUGUUCAAUACCACGGAACGGUGAUGGGAUUUGGCCCUAGUUCUCGUACAUUCCAGUUCUCUUCAUACACAUUCGACGCGGUCAUUAUGGAGAUUUUCACGACACUGUAUUAUGGCGGUUGCGUGUGCAUACCUUCAGAUCAUGACCGAAUGAGCCACAUGGUGGAGGCCAUGCGGCAGAUGGAAGUCAAUAUCAUGUUUACGACCCCAACCCUCGCCCAGCUGUUUGAACCAGCGGAUGUGCCCACCUUGAAGACACUGAUCGUUGGUGGUGAACUCAUCGGCACUAACACCACCGAUACCUGGGCGAAGGAAGUUAAACUGCUCGGGGCAUAUGGUCCUGCCGAGUGCACUGUCUUUGCAGCGUACAAUCCACUGAGCACCAACGACUUCCGGCCGGAAGUGAUUGGAUACCCUGUUGGCUCGGUGGCCUGGCUCGUGGACCCCUGGAACGAUACCAGAUUAGUCCCGGUUGGCGCUGUGGGAGAACUCAUUGUCCAAGGCCCGAUCGUUGGGCGAGGCUACCUCCAUGACCCACAGCGCACAGAGGCGAGCUUCCUUUCGAAUCCAGUCUGGUUGUCGGAAUACAACGGCAGCCGACAGCACCGAUUGUACAAGACGGGCGACCUUGCUCGCUAUAAUUCGGACGGAACACUCACUAUUCUCGGACGAAAAGAUACUCAGUUCAAGCUGAACGGACAACGGAUUGAAGUCACUGAAAUUGAACACCACAUCAAGGCUCACUUUCCACAGGUACUGCAGGUUGCCGCAGAUGCCGUAAGCCCAUUGCAUAUUGGUGGGCGGGCGUUGCUUUCGGUCUUUAUCAAGCUGCAGGGUAUGGCCGGCCAGGCCCAAGACGCAGCUGAUAUUCUUUUACCGAUGACCAAUGGUUGUCGCGCAACAAUGUUUGAGAUUGAAACGCUUCUAGCGAAGGCUAUGCCGCCGUACAUGAUUCCCCGGUUGUGGUUUCCCAUUUCCCGGAUGCCGUUGUCCACGUCGGGAAAGACAGAGCGCAAGGUGUUGAAAGCGUUGGGUGCUUCACUCUCAGAGACACAAGUCGAACAGUAUGCUUUGGGUGGUGGAACCAAGCGAGAGCCCUCAACUGAGAUGGAACGCAAACUGGCUAAGCUCUGGCAGCGUGUACUCAAUGUUUCUAAAGUCGGCCUGGAAGACAGCUUCUUUCGACUCGGGGGUGAUUCAAUCACAGCCAUGCAACUCGCCUCCGCGGCUCACAAAGCGGGAAUGCAACUUCCAGUGGCCGACAUCUUCCACAAUCCUCACCUGCUUGACAUGGCUGCCAACAUAUCCAACUCGCAGACAACAAACAAAAUCGUUGAGGCUGAUGUUGUGAGGCAGUUCGGUCUUUUGAGCACCGGAAUCAAUGUGCAGCACUUUGUCGAAUCUGCCGCAGAAAAGGCCAACAUCGAAUCCGACUGGGUGCAAGAUCUCUACCCUUGCACGCCGCUACAAGAGGGCAUGAUGGCGCUGACUACCCGGGAUGUAGGCUCCUAUGGCUGGCAAGAUGUCCUGGCACUUCCUUCCGCCAUGGAUUUAGAUCGCUUCCGUUCGGCAUGGCAAGCAAUAGUUGAUGAACUAGGAAUAAUGCGAACACGGCUGGUUCAAAUGGAUCACCACGGUACCUAUCAGCUUGUCAUCCAGCCAAAGCACAGCGCUAUUGCCUGGCAGUACAGUGAGUCGCUGGAAGACUACCUCUGCCAGGACAAAAAAGAACCAUUCGGCUAUGGGACGCCUUUGUAUCGAUUUGGCAUCAUCCACCAAGGGUCCAAAACAUAUUCUGUUUCCAGCGCGCACCACACCAUAUUGGAUCGUUGGUCAAUAUCUUUGAUGAUGGACCGCCUCUCAUAUCACUAUUUGUUACAAAAGGCACCUCCCACUCCGCCGUUCAACAGGUUCAUCAAAUGGAUGUGCUCUCUUGAUCCAGAAGCCUCCGAUCGAUACUGGAAGUCACGCUUUGGUGGUUUGGCUGCCGUGGAUUUCCCUCGAUCUGUACCAGGCCAUCGGUCGCGAGCAACAGCUGUGGCGAAACACUCUGUCCCUACAUCAUCUAUGAUGACCUCAGCCAAUAUCACCGUGUCCACACUUCUCAGAGCAGCAUGGGCAGUCGCCAUCAGCCAACACACCGGCUCAGAAGAUGUGGUGUUCGGGAUGACGCAAACCGGUCGCAAUGCUUCUGUGACAGGCAUCACGGAUAUUGUGGCACCGCUCAUCACAGUCGUACCUUUCAAAGUUGUGGUUGGGAAGCAGGUGUCGGUCGCCGAGUUCCUGCAGGGAAUCCAUGAAGACACAGUUUCUAUGAUUCCUCAUGAACAUGCUGGUCUACAACAUAUUGCCCAGCUCAAUGAGGACUGCCAGGCGGCCUGUAAAUUUCAGAAUCUACUCGUGAUUCAAUCACAGCAGCAUCAGCAACAAGCAAAGCUCCCCUUGGGCCUUGAGCGCCUCGAUAUGGUGGAAAAUGAUGUUUUGGCUUAUGGAAUUGUCUUGGUGUGCGACCUCACUGACAGUGCAGUGGUCCUUCAAGCUGCGUUUGACCCAGGAGUAAUCUCGCCAAUCAAGAUGGACACCUUAUUGGCACAGUUUGGUCACUUCUUCCAGCAGCUAUACAAUUAUCAGUCGGCUCUCUUGCUUCUAAAGGAUCUUCCGCUCGUCGGUGACCAUGAUCUCGAGCAGUUGAUGGUCUGGAAUCGACCACGUAGCGGUGAGCGGGUCGACAGAUGUGCCCAUGAGUUGAUAUGUGAGCGCGCAACAGUCCAGCCUGAGUCAUUGGCCAUUGAUGCUGCAGAAGGCCAAUUCACAUAUGGUCAAUUGGACGAUAUUUCCACCAGACUCGCUCACUACCUUCGAGACUCUUAUGGAGUCGGUCCCGAAACAAUCAUUCCUCUCUUCUUCCACAAGUCUGCCUGGGCUGUGGUUUCCAUUCUUGCCGUGAUGAAGUCAGGGGGUGCUUUUGUCUUUCUAGAUCCCGCUCAUCCCAUGGAUCGCUUGAUGUUCAUUGCACAGCAAGUCAAGGCGACAUCCAUUAUCACCACUCCAGAACUCUCGUCUACAUGGGGGUCGACCGCCCUGAAACCGCUGGUGAUCACCGAGAGUUUCCUCCACGGACUUCCUAUUCAAAAGCAGCUACCUGUGACCGGUGUAAAGCCACACAAUGUCCUUUAUGUGAUCUUUACGUCUGGAAGUACUGGAACACCCAAGGGCUGUGUGGUCGAACAUGCGUCUUUCCUCAGCGGCGCUGUCCAACACGCUCAACGAAGCAGGUUAACUCCUGGCACUCGGGCCCUCCAGAUGGCACCAUAUACCUUUGACGUCAGUAUUCUGGAGACACUGACAGGUUUGUUGUCUGGUGCUUGUCUCUGCCUGCCUAGAACAGAACACUAUAAUGCUCCUGUUUGCCAGAUCAUCCAAGAUUUGAAAAUCACUUGGAGUUUCCUGACCCCGUCCGUCGCUCGAACAAUCAGCCCCAAAGACUGUCCCAGUCUCAGAACUCUCAUUCUUGGUGGAGAGCCACUAUCGCGCGUGGACGUUGAGACUUGGGCGGACCCAGUUCAUUUAUGCAAUGGUUACGGUCCCAGUGAAUGCUCAGUUGCUGCUACGGCCAACACCAAUAUUACCGUGGAGACUGAUCCGGCCAAUAUCGGAAGCACGAUGUGCUGCAACGCCUGGGUAGUCGAUUCAGAGAAUGCCAACGUUCUGUUGCCUAUCGGUGCAAUCGGAGAGCUCCUCAUUCAAGGUCCAAUUGUCGCUCGGGGAUACCUAAAUGAGCCGGAGAAAACCAAGGCUGUCUUCAUCGACACGCCUGCCUGGUUGGAUCGAUUUGAUUCAACCAUGAUGAUGGAGCGUCUGUAUCUGACAGGAGAUUUGGUUCGAUAUAAUGAUGAUGGCACAGUGUAUUUCGUCGGUCGUAAAGAUACGCAGGUCAAGCUCCGUGGGCAGCGAAUUGAGCUAGGCGACAUUGAACACCACACCUCUACCCAUCCGUCAGUCAGACAUGCUGCAGUCGAACUUCCCACGGUCGGCAGGUAUCGAGACAGCUUAGUGGCUGUGAUGUCACUACGCAACAUAGUUCCACACUCAUCUGAUGUGCCGACCGACGAGGAAGACCUUGUGCCAGUCUUCGGCGAGCAACUGGAUGCAGUCCGCAAGUCCAUCUCAGAUAUACGGACAUAUCUAGUGCAACACCUACCUCCGUACAUGGUACCAGGCUCUUUUAUUGUGCUCAACAAUAUUCCACUCUUGGGAUCAGGCAAAAUCAAUCGUCCGAAGAUAAAGGCCUGGCUGGGUACCAUGAGCACCGACAUGCAGGAGCAGGUGGCUGCCCAAGCGUCCUUACCGGCAACUCAUACCGCAUCUUUAAUUUCUGAUGAUCAGACAACUGCUCUCGCUAUCAGCGACCGCAUUACACACCUUCUCGCGAAAGACGACGAGGAAUAUGCGAUGGCUAUUCGCAACCGAGACAUCGCCCUGGCACCUGCGGGCUUAAACUCCAUUUCCGCUGUCUCUCUUGCGGCCUAUAUCAAGGACGAAUUCAGCGUUCAGCUCUCGAUCGAUAGCUUGCUAGAGGCAUCGAUGACCGUCUGUGGUGUCGCACACAUGAUUGACAAUUCCAGGGGCGACUCUGCGGCAACCAGUACGUCGUCUUCGUUAAAUUUGUCUUUGAAGAUUGAAAAGGCAAUUGCAGGCUUUGAUCAAAAGGCCGCAUCUGGAUCACUGCAAAUUCCUCAGUUGCCCAGAGCACAACACCCUGAGACGAUCUUGUUGACGGGCGCGACUGGGUUCCUGGGGAGUCAGAUCCUCAGACAACUGUUAGAGCUAUCGCAAAUCAAACGCGUGAUUACCCUGGUACGUGCUCCAGACCACAACCAAGCCACAGCCAGAGUGAUUGAAUCUGCUCGGAAAAGCAAAUGGUGGCACGAUAGCUAUACCAAUCGCCUUGAGGUCUGGGUCGGCGACUUGUCACAACCGGACCUAGGACUAGAUGCUGCUAGAUGGCGCUGUAUUGAGGCCCAGUCAGAGUCGUCUUGUCCCAUUGACGCGAUCAUCCACAACGGAGCAAUCGUCCACUGGGGUUUCGACUACCAAGGUCUUGAGGCUGUCAACGUCACUAGCACAGUUUCUCUCCUGGCUUCGCUCACCCGGUCGCCGAGACCACCGCGUUUCACGUUCAUCUCGGGUGGUCAGAUAUUCUUUGGAGACGAUGAUGACCACGACGAAGUCGAGUCGUUCGCCCAGACAAUGAGAACCGCCGGUGGAUAUGCGCAAACCAAGUACGUAGCCGAACAGCUAGUGAAGGAGUUCGCCCGGAGAUACACCACAUCGAUUGCGACUAUCGUGAAGCCGGGGCUGAUCGUCGGAACCGUCGAUUCCGGGGUGUCAAAUACGGAUGACUUUUUGUGGCGGGUUGUGGCCAGCGUGGUUGAGAUUGGGGCAUUCAACAGCACAGGAUUGGACGGCCUCAUCCUCGUUUCUGGUGCCCACCAGGUUGCUUCCGCCAUUCUAACAGAUGUUCUCCAUCCCCAGCCUCACGGCCAUAAUGUGGAAACUACCAUUCGGUAUGGUAUCCACGUCGGGGAGCUAUGGGAAAUGUUACGCGAUGAAUUCGGUUACGAACUCGAAGCCAUCGACGCUGCAGAAUGGUUGGGCCGGUUAAGAUCGCAAUUGGAAGCGCGUGGUGAGAAGCAUCGUUUGUGGCCAGUUUUCCAUUUGCUGGAAGCCACCGGCGGGCGCUUGGGUGUCCCUAUGCCGGCCCAUCUGCAGCAGGACGAGCACAAGAAUGAGGUCCAGGCUUCUCUCCGAAAGAGCAUUUCUUAUUUGAGGGAAAUUGGGUACUUAUCGGGAGCCAAGACUGUCAAUGGAGAGACCUCCUUGCCGAAGGAAUCUGUCUUUGCACGCUCAGGUGGAAGAGUGCAGAUAUGA